GGGAGAACGCGACGCGGCGUUUGUCCUGUCCACUCACUAGUGCACUACUCUCUGUAGGCAAGACCAACCGCGAAGCUACACAUCUCAAGCGGCUCCAUCACUUGCUCGAGGGUGUUGACGAGUAGUUGGGUGUUGUUUGAUGGAGAUGGAGCAGUCAGCGUACGACCGACAAGUGCCGUUCGCACCCUAUGGGCAGCUCCCAGCCAGCCAAACCAAUGGAGUCAUACCAGCGCCAUCUGUCACCUUCAGAAGCCCGGGUAGGGUAACCACCACGAUGACCGCACACACGCCACCGCAGACAGACAACACAGAGCGUGAUAUCAGCACGUGUUCAGAUCUGAUCUCCCUGUUGUGCUGUGCUGUGGUGUGGUGUGGUGUGGUGUGUCACCUACCUACAGAUCAGCUGAGUCAGCUGCGUGGCCGCAAGUGUUUCCGGCCGUGCACCCCGAUCGCCACGGUGCUGGCCAUAGUGUUCAUCUACGCCAUCACCCGGGAGAUCGGCGUGCUGCUCUUCUGCCUCAGCGUCAUACCAGUCAUCGCCAUCCUGUUCCUUCUCUACCACAAGCGUGCACACGAAAUGUCAGUGGAGCUCCUGUUGGAGAUGUUCUGGACCGGCGCGCUGCUCUCGUGCCUCGCGGCGGUGAUACUCGAGGGCACUGGCACGGGCUAUGAGACCACCAGCCAGGCCCUCAAGGACUGCCACAUCUCCCUGGUGCCGGAGGCGCAGACGCCCAAGAACGGCACACUGACCCCCACGGCCGCCCCGCCCGAUAGUGAUAGUGGGGGUGGAGGCGGGCACCCCCCGAGUCUCUAUUGCGACCUGAAGUUCUUCGUGUACAUUCUGAUUGUGGUGGGGGCCUCCGAGGAGCUGUGCAAGUUCGUCAUAGCCAUGUCGCGCGUGCGGCUGCGGGUGGACGCGCUGCCCUACACGUGUGCCUGCUGGUGGAGGGUGGUCGACACACCCUAUGCCCUCGCACUGGUGGGGGCGACCGCGGCUGCUGGGUGAGCAUGCGAUGCGCACACACACUGACAGAAAUACCGAGAGUCCAUUCAUUUCACGAUGGCAUAGCCAUCCAUCUUUGGUGUGUGUGUGUCAGGUUCGCCUGCAUCGAGAACAUCGAGUACAACGUCUUCAGCACGCUGAGCGCCUUCAACCCCACGGGCCCCAACCUUCUCGGAGCCCUCCUCCAGACACUGCUGCGCGCCGUCCUGGCCAUCCCAUUCCACGUCUCAGCCACUGGAUACGCUUCCUGCCGCCUCGCCAAGUUCCUCUUCGCCCAACCGACCAACGCCCUCUCAAGCACGGCCCCCCUGCGGCCGUCCAACACUGAGAUGAACGGCUUGGUAAGCGGUGGUGCAGGUGGUGGCGGUGCUGGGGGCAGGAGGGACCGGCAGCACCAUGUCCACUAUGAGACGCUGGCCGGCAAGGGCCCCUCGCUGCUCGACUACGCGAGCUUCCUGUGGCUGCCCAUCCUGAUGCACGGCACAUACGACUCGUGCCUCAUGCUGAUGACUCUCUACGCCAUGAACAGCGCCAAUGGGGUGGCGUUGACCCUGCUGCUCACCGCCAUGGGGGCCUUCCUGGUGAUGGUGGUCAUGUUUAUCUGGGAGUGGUGGUCUCUCCGGAAGCUGCCAUUCUAUGAGCAGAGGGGCGGGGCGGAGGGCGGCAUGAUGAUCGAGGUCACUUCGGGGCCGGUGGUGACCGAAGUGGUGACGCGGGAGUGAUCAUGACGUGUGUGUGUGUGUGUGAGGCAUUUGCUCAAGGCAGUUGCAAUGAGACAGACAGACAGACAGACAGGCAGGAACGGACAGGCGGCCGGGUGUGAAGGGUGUGGUGUGGCGUGCAGCCGGGCUAGGUUGGUGGUAGUUUAUUUGUUUGUGAGGGCUGCAGGCAGCGAUGUUGAGUAAGGCCAGAGAAGGCCAGCCAGAGAUGCAACUCGCGUCGGCCCAUCCAUCUAUCCAUCGGAUGUGCUGUCUGUCUGUCUCUGUCUCUCUGUCUGUGUCUGUGUCUGUGUGUGUGUGUGAGUGAGUGUAGUAUCUUGCUUGAAAGCACUGACUGUCUGACGGACACCACACCCUCUUUACAACCCAUGUAUAGUCGUGACAGACAUCAAUCACAUCAAAUGCUGCAGUGCA